CGCCGGUGUGUCCGGAUGUGAUGUGUACGUCACACAGUCAGCAUGAAGCGCAACAACAUCCAAACUGUCAAACGGACCAGCGAGAGAGAGAGAAAGAGACGUAAAGCGGGUUACCCGACAACUUGGUUCUGCUUUUUUUCACACGUUGUGCGACACGUAGCCGCCUGGUUUGGGAACCAUGCCCUGACCAAAACUGUCAAACGACUUAAACCAGAGAAAGACGUUAAGCGGUAUACCCGACAACUUAGUUCUGCUUUUCACAAGUUGUGCACAGUAUUUGUUUUGUUUGGUUCACCGGAGACUUAACUUUACUGCUAUGGAAUGACAAUUAUGUAAGGGAACAAAACUGCUUCAUUGUAUCAGCCCCAUCCCAAGGACAUAAUGUCUUCGACUUUCCCUCGUUCGGGAUUUGUGGUCAUUUGUGUGACUCUAGUUUUAAAUCUUGCCCUGUAUCCUAUGCUGACAAUGGUGGGCAUUCAGAUCCACUCUGCUAUCACGGGAAGCUAUGUCGCGGGAUAUCACUCUGUGUUGCUCAUCAACUGUCCUACUGAACGGAUUGCUAGAGACAUUGGCAGGGGCAUCAUGGAGAAAAGAUUGGCAGCAUGUGUGAAUAUAUUUCCCCGCACUACCACUAUGUAUUACUGGAAAGGAGAGUUUCAAGAUGCAUCAGAAAUACUCCUGCUUGUGAGGACAAGAACAUCUCUUAUACAAAGACUUGAUGCUUAUUUAAGAGCUGUGCAUCCAUAUGACCUUCCAGAAAUCAUCAGUUUUCCCAUUGAGGAUGGAAGCCUGCACUAUUUGAAGUGGAUAGAAGAUGCAGUCACUGAUAUUUGAAAUGUGAAUGUUUGUAUUCAAACGGAGAAGCACCUUUAAACUUCGGGGUGCAAAAUAACAAAUUGGGGUUGUGGUUAAAUGUGUAGUUUUCUCAGCUUAAUGAGAAUUGUGGUCCAAGAAUAAAUAACAAGUGGAUUUGUUUGGAAGGCAGUUUGUCUGAUAUGGUUGUAUCCAUACCAGAAAGCAAAAAUUAGAAAUCAUCCUGAGAUUUUAAAGGAUCAUUUGCUUCCAAACUGGCCUUUAUGAUCAACUGGAUCAGACUUUGUUCAGAUCUGUUUUAGUGACCUUAGGUGUUACAGCAUAGUAACUAUGCUCAAUAGCAUAUGUUUAAAUGUAUAUAUUUAUUGACCUUUUAUUGACUUGAAUAACUUAUUUUGAAGAGUAUCACAAUUUCUAAUAUGAAUUAAAUAAUUUGUUCAAAUAACUUAUUUGGUUAGUCAUGUUUAAAUGGUGAUUGGGUCAUUUACAUGUUUUUGUUUUAAAAACCUGUACUACAUUCAUUUCAAAAUAAAGAAUGAAACCAUUUUACCUUUGACAGCAUUACUUCAGCCUAACACAUUCAUCUGAUGCAUCAAAUCUACUCACUCAUUUUAUAGAAAUGCACAGAUCUGAUAGUGUGCUUACUAGUAAGUCAUCUCAUAAAUUGUGUGAAAUAUUCAUUAUCAUACUUUGCAAACCAAUUUCUUGUGUUGAGCAAACAGGGCUAAACAAAGAUUAGGUGAAUUUUUUCCCUGUGGACCGAGCUUUAGUAGAGCACCAAGACAAACAUUCAUGUUCCAGACGUUGCAUGUAACAGUCUCUGGACAGUGUAUGAGUGCCUACACGUUACAAUAAUUUUUUUAGGUAAAUUAGGGCUUUUUAUUUCUACAUAUACACUUUAAGCACUCCAUGCAUUCAUUUAAACAAAACAUUUUUGAUUUAGUAAAAUUGCAGUAAAAGGUUGUGGCUUCCAUGGGGUAAAAUAAAUACCUUGUAAUGCACUGUAAGUCCCUUAGGAUAAAAGUGUCUACCGUACAGUAAAUGUACAAUGCGAAUUGAAAUAUUAACAAUAAAACCAUGUCACGUAUAUUGGAAGCAGGAUUAUUUAACAGGUCUAAAUUGAAAAAACUUUGAAAAACUUUUUCAUUAUAAAACAGAAAAAUGCAUCAAAUUUUAUAGCUGCACAAAAUAUUGCAGUUUGUUGAGUUGACAUAAAAGGUUCUGAGUCUUUCUGUCCUAUCACCAUUAAAAAGCGGUUACAUUUUUACUGUGUGUAGCUGAAGGGAAAAUUGGUUUGCUGAAUGGGUUCACAUUUGCUUUGGUCUGGUUUUUGCAGUCGUGUUUCAAACUGUGGAACAACAAUUGAAGUGCCGAUGUGUGGAAGUGCUUUUGUGUGCCUGGGGAUUAAAUACAAUAGUCACAAUAAAGUCAUUAAUCUGACCACCCAUCCAACCAGCGACACAUAGUAACCUACAAUGACAUACUAUCUCUUGUUUUGAAAGUGUCAGGCUUCUGUGUUCUUUCAUGUCUUUUCAUUUGAAUAAUUUAUUUUGUAAUGUGCAUUAUGUCACUUUUAAUUGUAGUCCUUAGUUCAUGUAUUUUCUAAAUAGCCCCCAUACCUUUAUACACUAAUCCUUACAUUACUUCACUAAUAUAGUUCACUCAAUUAAGUUAAUGAAAACUAGUAAGUGAAAUCUGACACUUGAGCUCGCUGGAAGUGCCGCUGUGUGGGUGCCAUCUUCCAUCUCAGUGGACGAGUGUGGCCCUGUCCCAAAUAAAACACUUCAUGUGGACUUUCGGUCUCGUGGCUUUAAAUUGCGUGUGCUCGCUUACAGGGGCAGAUCUAGAAAAUUAUUUAUGGGGUGGCAAGGGGGUGGCAUGAGAACUACGAGGGGUGGCAAUGAAGUAAGCAUCCUUGCAUGGUUGUCGUGGAUACAAAAAAUUAUAUACUGUAUAUACUAUAUGCGGUGUAUACACUGGACCUCAAAUUUUUAUAACAUAAAAACAGGCAACAACAAAUGUUCCUAUAAGUACCCAAGCAGCUACCUUUAGCAUCUCUACUGUAGCACCCUUUGUCUUAAUACACACUGUUGGAGAAAAUGAUUUUAUUAUCAUUUAUAGAUGUGUUUCUUUCUAAUAGAUGUAUUUUUAUUAAGGUUUUCUCUGUAAUAGAAAACAAACUAUGUUUUACAUUCUUUCUCUUAGCCACAUAGAUAGGAGAAGAGCACAAGCUGUACUUUGUGGUUUUGACACCUCCACCUCCAGUUCAGGGUGGUGGAAAGUUGUUUAUCUGUUUCAAACUCAGCUCUUACCUAUGUCUGGUUUUUUGGAUGUUUUCAGAUGUGUGUGUGUAUGUGUUAAAAAUCCAUGACGUAUGUUGUCUUGCACUUAUCUUUUUGGGUGUCAACCCAUCUUAUAAAAAGAGCUUGCAGACAAAGAAUCGGAGAGAGACAGCUUGAGUAUUUCUUGAUGAGAAAUCUCUCUGGUUCUUUCCCUCGCGAGUGAUUUAAACCUGAA